AGGGGGGCGGUGGACUGCAGCUUUUAGAAACAGACACACUGAGAAGAGGGGUUUCAGUCUCAGCCUAAAGCUUCUAAGAGGCACAUCCCAUUCUUGAAGAGAGGGGGACCAAGAGACACUCGCCGUGUCCAUGUUUUUUCCUGUCAUCCCCGCUCGAAUCUGACUGUACCCCUCAGACUUUACCAGAAACGCUUCACCAUAUCGAGGAAUUUACACUGCAGUUUCAUCAGAGGACACUGGAGGAGACGCAACCACUAAUGCUUGCGUUCCCUUAAAUAUGUAGCUAAUAAAUAUUAACUGAACGACUGAUUACGCUAACGUUCCUGCGUAAAAUAUUUUUUUUGAGAGACCAGUGCAGGACAUGAUCUGCACCUGACCAGCCUCGUGUCUUCGCUGAAUGGACUGAUCAGCACGAGAUAAAGUUCGUCGCGCGCUGAAGAACUUCUGUUCACUGGCAUCGGAAGCACUAAGCUUUGAACGGAUAGCGAUCUUUAUUAAUUCCAAUUAAAGCUACAUUAUCAAGGCGAGACGGCGACCUCAGUCGAUUAUCUUUCCUUCCUUUGCUAUCCCAUGGAUAUUCACUGCAAAGCAGACCCCUUCUCGGCGAUGCACCGGCACGGCGGUGUGAACCAGCUAGGAGGGAUGUUUGUGAAUGGCAGACCCCUACCUGACGUGGUCAGGCAAAGAAUCGUGGAGCUCGCGCACCAAGGAGUCAGACCCUGUGACAUCUCAAGACAACUACGGGUCAGCCAUGGCUGUGUCAGCAAAAUUCUCGGAAGAUACUAUGAAACCGGCAGUAUUAAACCUGGAGUUAUUGGGGGGUCCAAACCGAAAGUGGCGACACCCAAAGUUGUGGAUAAAAUCGCAGAUUACAAGCGGCAGAAUCCCACAAUGUUCGCCUGGGAGAUCAGAGACCGACUCCUGGCCGAGGGCGUUUGUGACAACGACACAGUACCAAGUGUUUCAUCUAUAAACAGGAUAAUUCGAACCAAAGUUCAGCAGCCUUUCCAUCCAUCCUCUGAUGGCACAGGAACGCCUCUCACCACAGCGGGACACACUAUAGGUGAUCUUGAGAGCACUCCAUAUACGUUAACCUAUUCCUGUGCUCUUUCAGUGCCCAGCACAGCCUCCCCACCUGUGUCAAGCGCUUCCAAUGACCCCGUGGGGUCCUACUCUAUUAAUGGCAUCCUAGGAAUCCCUCGCUCCAACGGCGAAAAGAGAAAACGCGAUGAUGUUCUCUGGAGUGGCAACCACUUGGAUGGGAGGAAAAUAGGAUAUUAUGGUUCAGAUGGCUCUGGCCCAAACAGUGAUUCUCAGGGUAGUAUGGAGAGUUUACGGAAGCACCUGAGGGCCGAUGCCUUCACUCAACAGCAGCUGGAGGCUCUGGAUCGAGUGUUUGAGCGGCCGUCAUACCCCGACGUCUUCCCUACGUCAGAACACAUCAAGCCAGAGCAGGCUAAUGAAUACACGCUACCAGCACUGAACCCUGGACUGGACGAAAUCAAGCCCAAUCUGUCAACCAGCAUCAGCUCAGAUUUGGGCUCCAGCGUGUCACAGAGCUACCCGGUAGUGACAGGUCGAGACAUGGCGAGCACAACCCUACCAGGAUACCCACCUCACGUUCCCCCCACUGGGCAGGGCAGCUACCCCACCUCUACACUUGCUGGAAUGGUCCCUGGAAGCGACUUUUCAGGAAAUCCCUACUCUCACCCACAGUACACAACUUACAAUGAAGCUUGGCGGUUCAGCAACCCUGCGUUAUUAAUGCCGCAUCCCGGGGCUCCGCCCCUCCCACUGCUGCCACUGCCUAUGACCGCCACUAGUUACCAUGGCAACCCAAUCAAACUGCAGGACCAUGGCCGCGGCCUCCAUAUCGUACCAGUCUGAAUGCCGUUAAGGUCAGAGGGAUUGAAGAUGGCUACGCGAUCUUCAGUUUCACGGGGCCAAGAUCGGAUUAGGAGGGUCAAGCAACAGCGGGUUUCCCCCCCCAGACAUCGACUAUACCCCCCUCACGCAACAUCAACACUAAGGCUCUCAUUCUCUAAAUCACUGAACAAUAACUGAACUAUUUCCUGAAAAGACUUUGAAAGAUUCUACAAAAAUAUAUAUAUUAUACAAAAUAUAAAACAAGACGAACCGUGUGAAGAAGUACGAAGUAACAAUUGAUGUGUUGUUGUUUUUUUGUUUUUGUUCUCUCUUUAAAUCAAUCAAUACAUUCCUUUACAUACUGUAUUUAGUAUAACUAACAGAUCAAACACACACACAAGGUUGCCUGAGGCCUUUAACAUAAUUUGCCCUCAUCCUACACCAUUUCACUAGUGUCUUACCUCUCACGGACAGAACAGCGACGUGUCAGCUGAGCAGAAAACUGCAGUAUUGCUCCAGUUUCUGUCAAAAAGACAAGUGUAACAGUCUUAGAAGCCAUCUCUGACUCGUGGUAUAAAAUUACCAACAUGAUUUAACAUUUUCUGUGAUACACAAUCAAAAUGGGGGAAAAUAAAAUAGAAAAAAAGAAGAAAAAACAGGUCAGACACUGAAGAAGUUGUUAACUGUUGCUGUAUAUGACCUGAAAAGAAAACCGUAUAUUAAAUUAUUGUUUUGGUUUAGCUGAUGGUUUGUGUGCGUGUGUGCAUUUGUGUGUCAUACCUUUUCGGGAUAUUCCAUUUUAUCAUGUGUAAACUCCAAUAUCAUGAUCGGUGCCGCUCUUUUCUCGUUUGCACUAUUUUGCAUUACUGGAUUUAUAAGUACAAUGAAUUGCAAUUAUCUUCUAAAGUUUGUCAGAUUACAUGUUCUAUUUAAGUAAAAAGGUCAACUCGAAUUGACAAAGUAACCACAACAUUGGACAAGAAUACACUUGCUAUAUGCUAGAAACUAGUAUAUGCUUUUUUUGUCCUUUAGUGUGGAUUCGUUAAAAAACUUCCUCAAAAGAACCAUUUUUGUAUCGUGUAACUGAGACAGAACGAUUCUGACUGGCUCAGUACCAAAGUAAUCAUUAGCAGUCAAUUGUACAACAAAUGCCUUACAGCUUUUUUUAUUUAAAUUUUUUUUUUAUGGUUUGGCUAUGGUCCUGAGAGGUAGACAUGCAUGUAACCCUUUUGUGUGGAUGAACAAACGUUUCUCCAAAUGUCAUGUGGGACACUGAGGAUAGAAAUGGAAACGGUCCAUACAUACACUCCUGGAAAUGUAAAGUGAAUGUACUUUAUACCACGUUUGCCAAAGACUUAGUUUGAUAUUUAAUAUUUUAUUUGCUGUAUCUGUCAAUAAAACAGUAUUAUGUUUUAAUAGUAGUCAAUACUGAUUGUAUGUGGUAAUGUUGAACAAAAAGGAAAAGAUCCAUCUUAGCCCCACAGCAAUGUACACAAAAAGGUGAAUUCUGUUACUCAGAGGUAUGUCAUUUGCAACAAACUGCUGCUUUGUAGAAUGAUUUGUGUAUAAUGUGAAAACAAUUAUUCUAUGUAUAUAAGAUCACCUACAUUUCACCAUUGCAGUAUCGAACUAAUUUACUGAUUCCAUUUGUAGAUAUUGAAAGAAAAAAAAAAGAUUGACUACAUUUGUGUCUUCAAUGUGUUGUGCUUUGCAGAGACGCACAACAAAAUGUUUGAAACCCGUCCUGCGUCGGUGGCUGGGUUUCAGAUGCUAUCACCACAUGUGCGGCUGUUUGUAUGUUUUGUUUUGGUUCACUUUUACUUAACUUGUUCAUACUGUUUAAGUCUCUAUGCAAAUCAAGUAAAAUGGUAUUCUGUA